AUGUUUUUGACCAAACAGUUACGACUCGUCCUACAGUCCAUUACCGUUGUAGCUGUCCUUGCAGCUUGCGUAGGAGCGACUAUCCUUUAUGCAGGAGUCAACGAGUCUGGUGGUGAAUUCGGAGUUUUUGGUUCACCUGGAACAGGACUGCCUGGAGAGUUUGGCGUUACCUACGACUUCAUCACCGAAAGUACCGUCGAUACAUUCGUUGACACGAACCAAAUCAACUUUUUCCGUGUUACGUUCUUGAUGGAAAGAAUGUGUCCUCUAGCAACUGGCCUUGGGAGUACCUUCAAUGAGACCUAUUUUAGUGAAUAUGAAGAUGCAAUCAACUAUAUCACCGUUACCAAAGGUGCAUAUGCGUUAAUUGAUCCUCAUAACUACAUGAGAUACAAUGACCCAUCCUCACAGCCCAAUAGUGGAAGCAUCAUCGGCGAUACUACUGACCCCAAUGCAGCCACCACUGAACAAUUCCAAGAGUUUUGGACAGAGCUUGCCAACCGCUUUGUUGACAACCCCAAUGUCGUCUUCGGCAUUAACAAUGAGCCUCACGACAUGGCCACCUCUCUGAUUCUGCAAAAUGAUCAAGCAGCAAUCAACGGAAUCCGUUCUACUGGCGCUACGCAGCUCAUCCUCGCACCUGGAAAUGGGUUCACUGGCGGCCAUUCCUGGACUCAGGUCACUGGUGCUAACGAUGAUCCAUCGAGCGAGUGGCUGAAUCAGAUCGUGGAUCCGUUGAAUAAUACGGCUAUUGACAUCCAUGAAUAUCUUGACGAGGAUUUCUCAGGCAGCCACGAUACAUGCACUCAGCCUGGUCCCACUAACCUGGCUGCUCUCACGACUUGGCUUCAAGAAAACAACCUCAAAGCUAUUGUCAGCGAAUUCGGUGGAUCCAAUGACCCUACUUGUCUCGAGUUGGUACCGCAAUUGAUCAGCUACCUUUCUGAAAACGACGUGUACAUUGGCUGGUCGGCCUGGGCUGCAGGUCCUUUCUGGGGAACAAACUCCCCUUGCUGCGGCCCAGAAGUUGGAAGUCUUGAACCCGGUCAACUUGAUGAAGAGGGUGGUCCAAAUGGAUACACAACUGUCUGGCAAGCAGUAAUUCAGCCUAACAUCAAUCUCUCCGGUACGCCUCGUAAUCAACUGACCGUCCUCUGCAGAUGA